AUGGUCUCUACAGUGACGUCAUGCAGGGAGAAAAGCGAUAAGCGUGUGCGAAGCUCCACGCCAGCGGCAAGGGUGUUCAUGACGUCGAACAUUAACAGGAAGGCUAGCCAGAUAACAUGGACCGAGGACAUGUACUACGCCGCAGGGUUCCCGCUGACAGGCCCCCACACUGCCCGAGCGGUUAUGGUGGAACGCAGGGAUGGACCAGACGGGGUAGACACGCUCAAGCUAGAUCGCGAGUGGACCAUAUGCGGAGUACAACGGCGAUUUGUGACUACCCUCCGGGCAGUCCGCCCAGGCCGAUCAGAACUUGACUGGGACUACUACGAAGGCCACACCAUCAGCAUCUCCUACGUCGCAGGAAAGACGAACAAGUCACUACAGAAUAUUGCCGUUAAUGAACUGGAGACGCCAGCCCUGACUGGAGAAAUCAUCAUCGCUCGUAGAAGCGCGGACUGGAGACGUUUCUUGGACAUGCACAAAGUCGAUGGCAUCAGGGUUGAAGCACCGGCAUUAGCCAUCGGAAGGCGCCUGCAGAGGCUUGAGAACAUAACAACACGCGAAGUGCCAGUUCAGGACUCAAGAUUCCCUUUCGCGACUGGAUGA